GGGCCGGGCCGGGGCCGGUGCCGGUGCCGGGCUGAGCGGGGAGCGCGGCCGGAGCCGCAGCAGCAGCAUGAGGCUGAAGAGGUACCUGGUGCGGGCUCUGCACCGGCUGCAGAAGGGCCCUGGCUACACCUACAAGGAGCUGCUGGUCUGGUACUGUGACAACACCAACACCCACGGCCCCAAGCGCAUCAUCAAGGAGGGGCCCAAGAAGAAAUUCAUCUGGUUCUUCCUGACGCUGCUCUUUGCAUCCCUGGUCUUCUGGCAGUGGGGGAUCCUCAUCAACACCUACCUCUCCUACAACGUCACCUCCUCUCUCUCCAUUGGCUUCAAGACCAUGAAGUUCCCUGCAGUCACUGUCUGCAAUGCCAACCCUUUCAAGUACUCGGAGGUGAAGCCCCUGCUGAAGGAGCUGGACAGGCUGAUUGAGGCAGCACUGGAGAGGAUCCUGCAGCCAGGGAACAGCAGUGACAACGUGUCCCCACCACUGGACCUGGAGCUCUGGAACCAGAUCCCCCUGGUCCUCAUCGACGAGCACGACAAAGACAAUCCCAUCAUCCUGGACAUCUUUGAGAGCAACCAGACUGCUGUGGGCAACGGGACUGCCAUGGGCAACGGGAGCCUGGAGAGCUACACCAUGGGCAGUGGGAGCCUGGAGAGCUACACCAUGGGCAGUGGGAGCCUGGAGAACACCACCUCUGCUGCAGCUGCACCUGGUGCAGAGAGCAACACCACUGCUGCAGCUGCCCCAGCCAACAGCACAACAGGAGAGAAGAAGUACAAGCUGGCAGUGAAGCUGUGCAGCCGGCCGGGCUCUGAGAACUGCACCUACCGCAACUUCAGCAGCGCGGCGCAGGCGGUGAGCGAGUGGUACGUGCUGCAGUCCACCUCCAUCCUCUCCAGGGUGCCCCUGCACGACAGGAUCAGGAUGGGCUACCAGGCAGAGGACAUGAUCCUGGCCUGUCUCUACGGGGCUGAGCCCUGCAACUACAAGAAUUUCACCCAAAUCUACCACCCAGACCAUGGGAACUGCUACAUUUUUAACUGGGGCAUGGAUGAAGAGGCUCUGAAUUCUUCCAACCCUGGGGCUGAGUUUGGGCUGAAGCUGAUUCUGGACAUCAGCCAGCAGGAUUACAUUCCCUACCUGUCCUCUGCUGCUGGGGCCAGGCUCAUGCUGCACCAACAGAAGAGCUUCCCCUUCCUCAAGGAUCAGGGCAUCUACGCCAUGGCUGGGACAGAAACCUCCAUUGGAGUGCUGGUGGACGAGCUGGAGAGGAUGGGCUACCCCUACAGCGACUGCACCGUCAACGGCUCCGACGUGCCCGUGCAGAACCUCUACAGCCAGUACAACACCUCCUACUCCAUCCAGGCUUGCCUGCGCUCCUGUUUCCAAAACCACAUGGUGGAGAUCUGUGGCUGUGGGCACUACAUGUUCCCCCUGCCUGAAGGGGUGAAUUACUGCAACAAUGAGGAUUUCCCAGGCUGGGCAUAUUGCUAUUCCUCACUGAGAUCCAGCAUUAAGCAGCGUCAGAUCUGCAUUGACUCCUGUAAGGAAACCUGCAAUGACACACAGUACAAAAUGACCAUCUCCAUGGCAGACUGGCCAUCAGAAGCCUCUGAGGACUGGAUAUUCCAUAUUCUGUCUUACGAAAGGGAUAUGUCAACAAACGUGACUCUGGACAGGAAUGGGAUCAUCAAGCUGAACAUUUACUUCCAGGAGUACAACUACCGCACCAUCUCGGAGUCAGCUGCCACCACGAUCGUGUGGCUGCUGUCCAGCCUGGGGGGCCAGUUUGGGUUCUGGAUGGGGGGCUCGGUGCUGUGCCUGAUUGAGUUUGGGGAGAUCAUCAUCGACUCUCUGUGGAUCACCAUCAUCAACCUCAUCAGCUGGGCCAAGGGGCUGAAGCAGCGGCGGGCGCGGGCGCGAUACCCGGACGCGCCCCCGACGGUGGCAGAGCUGGUGGAGGCUCACACCAACCUGGGCUUCCAGCCCGAGGCAGGGCCAGCAGCAGGGCCAGCAGCAGGGCCAGCAGGGCCAGCAGCAGGGCCAGCAGGGCCAGGGGCCCAGGCACUGCCCCCCGAGCCCGGCACGCCGCCCCCCAACUACGACUCCCUGCGCGUGCAGCCCCCGGACACGCUGAGCCCCGACAGCGACACAGACAGCGAGUGACCACAGGGUCCUGGCCACUGCUGCAGCUGUGCUGAGUGACCACAGGGUCCUGUCUGUGCUGAGUGACCACGGGGUCCUGGCCACUGCUGCGGCUGUGCUGAGUGACCACGGGGUCCUGUCUGUGCUGAGUGACCACAGUGUCCUGUCAGCUCCUGCAGCUGUGCUGAGUGACCACGGGGUCCUGGCCACUGCUGCAGCUGUGCUGAGUGACCACGGGGUCCUGUCUGUGCUGAGUGACCACAGGGUCCUGUCCCCUCCUGCAGCUGUGCCACUUGCUGGGCAGUGCCUGUCAGAAUUAGGACAGAGUUAAAGGCCAAGCUCUCCUCUGCUGUGACUGAUCACAGCAGAAUCUCUGCCCAACAAACCCUGCAGUACAGCUCCAGUCAGGCUUUGGCUGCAGCCUGGAGAGCUCGUGCACAUCACGCUGCUGUAAAAUCCUGUCACCAUUUCUCGUCCCCAGCUGGGUGGCAGCAGGUGGUGGCAGGAGAGGACAGGAGGGGCUGGCAGUGGGUGCAAGGCCAUGGCCUGUGGAUCUCAGAACCCUGGAGGAGUUUGUGCUGGAAGGAACCUCAGAGUGUCUCAUCCCAUCCCCUUCUCAGCACCCUUGGCACAGCUGUGCCACACCCUGGAGCAGAGCCUUGGGAUGGCACCACAGCUACUUCUGCCCUCAGAGCUGCAGAAUCUCCACUCCCAAACCACUGCAAUGGGAGCAGCAGGAACUGAGCUCUGCCUUCCCUGCUGCAGCCCCUGGGUGCCCUGCUGUGCUGCUGCCCAGGGUCUGCACCCUGGUGGGGCAGGGGCCACAGCUCUUGGAGUGUGCCAAGGACUCCACAGAGACUGGGCUGGGAGGAAGCACCAGCCUGUUUAUCACUCUUUCAAUAAUAAAAAAUUGAUUUCA